AUGCUGGGCUGCCAACACAUUGAUCAGGUAUUCCAAAACGAAAAAUCUAAAGAUGGGGUCAUUAGAACCUGUAAUGCAGCUAGAUUUAUGCUUAGCCACUUUACCAAAAGGGAGAAGUACACACAUGUUAUGAAAUGUUCUGAUUGCCACGAAAUAAAUGCAGGCUCAAACUUUAUGUGUUUGCAAUGUGGAUUCUGUGGAUGCUGGAAUGGUAAUCAUUUUGGGCAACAUAGUAAAAAAGUGGGCCACGUAUUUGGAAUCAACUCGAGUAAUGGGCUGUUAUUCUGCUUCAAAUGUGGUGAUUACAUAGGUAGUAAUGAACUGAUUGCCGCCUCCAUGUUAAACAAAUAUUGGGAUGAUGUUGUUACAAAGACUCAAAUACCGAAAUUAGAACGCAGAGACGGCCUUCAAGGCCUUUUAAAUAUGGGUUCGACAUGUUUCAUGAGUUCGAUUGUUCAAUGUUUGAUCCAUAACCCGUAUUUCUUCCAAUUUUCAAUAAAUCAAUUGCAUAGUCAACGAUGCCCUUUGCAGGAUCCAUUGAGUUGCAUUUCCUGUGCGUUGGAUAGGAUGGUUUGGGAAUUUUACGGCCAUCCAGAAUUAAUUAAGAAUGGCGAGGAUGAUAGUAACAAUAGCCGCACAAGUGAUGAAUAUGCGGGGUUUAUUGGGUUAUUCGUAUCAUCUUGGAAGAUUAAUGAAAACUUGGCGGGUUAUUUCCAACAAGAUGCACAUGAAUAUUGGCAAUUUCUCCUAAAUCAAUUGCAUAAUGAUUAUAUGGUCAGUCACAACAAAUCUCCAGAUGAAACUAAUUUUGCAGAAUUAUGUGAUUGCAUUGCACAUUCGACAUUUCAAGGUUCUUUAAAGAGUUCUAUUGUUUGCCCCGAAUGUAAAAUGGACUCAAAAACAACGAAAGAUCCAUUCAUGGAUCUUUCCUUAGACAUUAAGGACAAAUCAAACUUAUACGAAUGCUUAGACAGUUUCCACAAGAUGGAACAAUUGCAUGAUUUUAACUAUCAUUGUGACCGUUGUAAUACCACUCAAAAUGCAAUUAAGCGUCUCAUUAUUCAUAAAUUACCGGCGGUUCUGGUAUUACAGCUGAAAAGAUUCGAACACCAUUUAAACGGUAAUAGCGCUAAAUUGAAUGAUAUUGUAGAGUUCCCACUAUUUUUGAACAUGCGUAAUUAUUGUGAUGGUGAUGAUGUUCCGGAUAUAAUAUUCGAACUGAUCGGAAUCAUUGCACAUAGAGGAACUGUUAAUGAGGGACAUUACAUUGCGUUUACAAAAGUCACAACCGGUCAUUGGUUUAAAUUCAAUGAUUCUAUGGUUUCCUCCAUUACAGAGGAAGAACUUUUACAAGAACAAGCAUAUUUACUUUUCUACGUGGUAAAUCAAGUAAAUUGA